ACUAGCUUUCUUGUGCAGCACACACAACAGGAGCAGUCACAGAGGUAGCAGCUCCCGGAGACAAUGGGAUUAAGAGAGCGAGAGACGGACCGAUGCAGCAAACCAGACUGACACAAGUGAAGGGAGGGCAACGCAGCCGGUGAAGGGUUAACCACAGAGUUAAGGACGUCAGGUCAAAUCCAUCGGAAGGCUGCAGCGUCCAGGAGGUCUGCUGGUUCAGAGCCAAAGAGGAAGACCGGCCUUCAGACCCAUUCAGACUCCUCCAGGUUUUGGGUGGAAAAGCAGCGAGAUUUUAACCUGACUCUGACCUCACUGUGCGAAACAGCUCAGGCUCACCGUUCCAGAGAGCCACUGCUGGGGCCAGGCAACAGGUUUUGGCUGAGCUGGACAACUGGGCACUGGUGACUGGGAGAAGCCAGGUUGUGACGGGAACGGUGGUGCUCCCUCAGAUGGUGUGAGGCCUACGACAGUGCUGGCUCUAGAGGUUACCAUGAUGCCGGAGGGAAACGGCUCCGAGUGCGAGUGCGCAGUCUGCUGGAACCCCUAUGACAAUGCCUUUCGUACGCCAAAGAUCCUGGAGUGCAAACACACCUUCUGCCUGGAGUGCCUGGCCCGUAUGAGCCUGGCGUCCGUGCCGGAGAUGGAUCCAGGCAUGUCCUGCCCCUUGUGCCGCCACCUGACACCCCUGGGUGCCGGGCAGCUGGUGACGGGCCUACGCACCAACGCGGAGAUUCUGGGCCGCAUGAGGCUGCAGCCAGUCCACGUCUACCUGGACCACGGGCGCCUGUUCUACAAGGGGCCGGGCAAGGCCAGCUUCCUGCUGCGGCGACCCACUGUCUACACCCUCAGCCUGGACGUGGAGCGCGAGGGCGGCCUCCCCCUGCCUACCCAAGCAGCGCCAGCACUGGAAGACCGACUGCCCCAGAAUACCAUGUGGAAAUGCUGCCAGAGUCCACCCUGCAGAACCGCCAUCUACAUCAUGAUCGCUACCUUUGGCAUCACCAUCAUUCUCGUCAUCUCACUCUUCUGGACUAAGAAAAUCCUGUGGGAUUUGGGCUGAGAGAAACUCCUUGCAUUUAUUUAGCCACCCUCAGGAUGUCUACCCUCCCUCUGAAGUCCUUUCUCUUUAGUGACAGUUGCACGGUAGGAAUUGCAAUCUGUUCCCAGCAAGUUCCCUGAAACAGCCAUGUAACAAAUCCUCAGAUAACCUGUUUUCACCAUGUCAGUUGAGGGAUAAACAUUGGCCAGGGAAACCGCCUCUGCCAUUAUUUCCCCAAUGGUAACGUGGAAUUUUCUGCUGCCUGAGAGGGAAAAUUGUUUCAUGUCAUAUCCAAAAGGCAGGAUCUUUGAAAGCUCAGUAAUGCACUGGAUUGUCAGCUGGAUUCUGUGCUGAGUCUCUGGAAGCAGGGAUCUUGAACCCAUGACCUCCAGCUUCAUAACACGAGCUCCCACCCAGCUUAAGCAAUCGAUGACCCGUGAGGAACAGGAGCAGCAUCCGAGUGAGAAUCUUAGCAGGUGGGGAAUACCGCCUCACGUAAGUGGUAUCAGGCUGAAGUUUUGGUCUAAACUUGGCUAGUCGGUUCCUCACAGGGAGUGUCACCAAUCCCUGCAAAGUUUCAGGAAGGAAAUUGAUAUGAUCAUCAUUUCACAUGGAUACUCCCAAGGCCCAAUGUCACAGUGAGGCUGCUCAGGGUCACGUGGUCUCUUUGAGUUUACGUGUUCUGAGUGUAGCGCACAGGCACAAUUUCUAACGACAUCGUAUAUUACUCUUGUACAAAAUCACUCAGUGCAACUUCAAACUGUGAUUGUACCAUUAAAAAUGGAAUAGAUGUGGUGAGGUGCCAUUUAGAUCAGGGUCAAAAGUCACAAUGACAUCUCAACACAAUUAUAACAGACUGGGAGAGUAGGCAGUGUACCUGUUCAAUAUACACCAGGAUAUCUUCACAGCCCACUGAAGGACAGGUACAUAAAUACUCCAUGAGGUCAUGGUUUGGUACACUAAAUCCCAUCCGAGGGAAUUUAAUACACUCACCAACCCCCAUCUGAGUGAGGAGGCAAAACACUAACCUCCAUCUGUUUGAAGGUCUGGUACACUGACUCCCACCCAAGUGAGGGUCUAGAACACUGACUCCCAUCUGAGUGAGGGUCUAGUACACAAACUUCCAUCCGAAUGAGGGUCUAGUACACAAACUCCCAUCCGAGUGAGAGUCUAGUACACUAACCCCCAUCGUGUGAGGGUCUAGUACACUAACUCACAUCUGAAUGAGGCUCUAAUACACUAACCUCCAUCCGAGUGAGGGUCUAGUACACAACCAUCUAUCUCAGCAAGGGUCCAGCACAUUAACCUCCAUUUGAGUGAGGGUCUAGUGCAUUAACCUCCACCUGAGUGAGGGUCCUGUACACUAACUCCCAUCCGAGUGAGGGUCUAGUACACUAACUUCCACCUGAAUGAGGGUCCGGUACACUAACUCCCAUCUGAGUGAGGGUCUAGCACACUAACUCCCAUCUGAGUGAGGGUCUAGUACACUAACUCCCAUCCAGGUGAGGGUCUAGUACACUGACUCCCAGCCAAGUGAGGGUCCAGUACACUAACACCCAUCUGAGUGAGGGUCCAAUACACUAACACCCAUCUGAGUGAGGGUCUAGUACACUAACUCCCAUCUAAGUGAGGGUCUAGUACACUAACUCCCA